CGUUUCGAGGGCAGGCAAAUGAUGUAGAAUGCAGAGACCGUACCUUAAUUGCUCGUAGCUGUGUAGACCCAGUGAUUCGUUUUUAAAAGCAUGGAGCAAACUAAACCGCUGCCGCAGAAGCUAUUCAUUUCUACUGUUUUGGAAAAUAAGGAUGAAUUAGAGGAGAAAUAUGAGAAGUGCUAUGCAUCACUGCAGUCACUGGUGUCUGGUCUUUCUGAGAAGGAAGCACAAAAUGCACUUAAUGCAGCUGUUUGCAAGGAUAAAGUACAUGAAGAGCUUUCUUUGGGCCUGCUGUAUGCAAUACUAACAGAACCUGAACGGGCACCUCGAUGGUAUCGUGAUCUUACUUUAGUUACCCGCGAUGGACUGGCACAUGUGCUUGCUAGUCUCACUCAUCUUGUUAUGGAACGAUACCUCAGACUUACUGAUAGAGCGCGUUCCCAACUUUUGUGGCUUGUUCGAGAAAUGAUCCGUGCUUCUGUUGCUAAUGUGGAUUCACUUUGUUGGAGCUUGCAGAGGCAUGCUGCAGGAGGAGAUGUCUCGCCUCGUAACCUUGUUCUUGUUGAAGCUCUGCUUGAUCUCUACACCGAAAACAGGGCAUGGCUGGAUAAGUUUCCGCUGCUGACUGCUGCUGCUGCUUACACAUUUUUGCGCCUUAUAGAGGACCAUUUCUCACCAUCACUGGCUGCCCUGCGGCAGCGUGAAGUUACAUUCGUUGUGACAUUGUUACGAGAGCGUUUCUCGGAUUGCCUGGCCAUUGGCCGUGAUCUUGUACGAUUGCUUCAAAACGUUGCACGAAUUCCAGAAGUUGAGCAAUUGUGGAAGGAUAUUUUGCUGAACCCACGCUCUUUGUGCCCAACAUUCACAGGUGUCCUUCAGCUGCUACAGUCCAGGACUUCAAGGAGGUUUUUACAGUCACGUCUUACACCUGAUAUGGAGAGAAAGCUGGUCUUCCUCACUUCACAAGUUAGAUUUGGUUAUCACAAACGGUAUCAAGAAUGGUUUCAAAGGCAGUACCUGGCAACACCUGAAUCACAGUCUUUACGCUGUGACCUUAUCCGAUUUAUUGUUGGUGUUAUUCAUCCGACAAAUGAAUUACUGUGUUCUGAUAUCAUACCACGAUGGGCUGUCAUUGGUUGGCUACUUACAACAUGCACAUCUGUUGUGACUGCUUCGAAUACGAAAUUGGCAUUAUUCUAUGACUGGUUGUUCUUUGAUUCGGACAAGGACAAUAUAAUGAAUAUAGAACCAGCAAUUUUGGUAAUGAACAACUCAAUGCGGUCCCAUCCAGCUGUAACUGCAACUCUACUUGACUUCCUGUGUAGGAUUGUGCCCAACUUUUAUCCUGCACUGGCAGAGAAAGUGCGUGCUGGCAUCUAUGCAUCCCUCCGUCAGAUCCUAGAUAAACGAGUACUGCCAUCAUUGUUUCCCUUGUUUGAUAACCCCAAACUGGAUGGAGAGCUGCGUGCUAUGGUCCACGAUGUCUUCAGGGAGUUCUGCCUGCCACCUUCUUCAGAAGGUAUUGGCUCAGAACGUUCCUUGUACUCUGUCUCUAGGCGUGCAUGGAUACAGCCAGGAGUCAAGUUAGAAGAACCUGGAGUCAAUGUGAAGGAUGAGUCAGCUACCGUGACAGACCAGGAUACUAAUCACGAUGAUGCAGUGGAUGGUGAUGGGCCAACUGCUCCAGGUAGCGUCCAGCACAGCUCUGAACCAACCUUUAGUGAUGAUGAUGAGGAUCCACAGGGCUCUAGUUCUGCUCCAGUACUUACACCUGCCACAGUUCUCAGUCGUACACAUGCACCACGUCUGCACUCUCUGGACGAAGAAGAUGACGAUGACAUUCCCCUUGCAAAAGUUCGUCUCAAAGAGAAGCCAACUGCAGAUUCUGAUGCAGAUGCAGAUAUCAUUCAGCAGUUGGAUGGAGAUUUCCGGUUAGCAGUAGAGUCUCUACAUACCGAGACAGACAACGAAGCCAGAUGCCAGGCAAUGGAACGGUUGGUGCAGCUGAUAGUCCAGGAAGAUGACAUUGAUUCUGAAACCACAGCUGUUCUGGGGCAGUGUCUUGCUGUUGUAUUAAAAGAGCAAUUUGAAGGAACAGUUUUCCCUGAGGAAGUCAAUGAUGAGAACAUAGAGGACAGUAUUGGGAAGCCACUAUUUGUACUAUUACGGAAUCUUAUUCAGUUGCCUGAAGAUGAUAGCAGGCGGUUACCAUUGCUAGCAGUCCUUGCAGAACUGGCACCCCAAGCACAACGUGUUGGCUACUUACUCCUGUACUUCCUGAAGGCCUGCAAACUGAAUGAUGGAAAGGCAUCAGUCUACAAGGAUUUCUGCCAGACCAUGGACAAAAAACUCGAAGAUUGCCUCCUGGAAGAUCUUAGGUUAUGCCAGGAAGAAGAUGUGAGAUUACUUGUGUGGUUGCUGCCUGAGGUAUAUGCACAGUUUCCUGCAGUCGCCGUGGGCAAUGCUCAACUGCUGCAACUAGUUGUAUCUGCAGUAGAUGCCUUGCAGUUACAGGAACUUGUCUGUCAUAUUCUCCAAGGACGCCUCGUAAUGUUUCGACAUGAUGGAUUUCGUGCUCUUCUUUCUGCAUCACUUUCGUGGGAGACUUUCGAGCAGUACUGUUUGUGGCAGCUUGUAGCAGCACAUGGCAUUCCAGUUGACUACAUACUACCCAUUCUGCCACGCCUGGAAUUCACAAGACACGCUGAGGCUUUGACUUCUAUUCUUUUAAUGCUGAAGCAGGAAAGGCCAACAGAAGAACUCCUUCGGGUAAUUCUGUCAAGAGAAGUACGAGGUGGGGAUAUGUUUGUUGUGUCAGCAUUACGAUGUUGGUGCCGUGAGCACGAGGAAUUGUUAUGUCGUCUUGUUGCUCAGCUACUGACACCAGUUGGAGGAACAAAUUCAUCACCUGGGAAACGAAAACGUGGUGGUGGGAAUCAGCAACCAGGAGGAAAACCAUCACCGAGUAGUGGUACCCCUCCUGUAGAGCAGGUACUCGGGCAUCUCGACCAUUUACGGCAAUCCUGCAAACAAAAUGGUUGCCGACUGUAUGGGUCAGAGGUGGUACAAAGAGCCCUGUUGCAGGCACAGUCCCAGUGCAGUGAUCCACAGAGGAAACGUUUCUCUGACCUCUUUGCCCUUGCUGAAGUAGAGGAACUGGAACCCCGGGGUCGGAGAGGAGGUGGGGGAGGGGGUGGUCGUAAACCAAGAGGGAAAGGGAGGCAAGCAACUCGACCAUCUGAUUCCUCAGAAGAUUCUAGUGAGGAAGAGGAGGUGGUGAAGCCAAAGCAAGCGAAAAAGAGGAAAAAGACUAACCCAGUAGGCUCGGACAGUGACUGACCGCACAGUUAUGGUGAACAAAGUGUUUGGAGCUGGUGACAGAACCUCAAUGGUGCCCUUCUGUAUGACUGACAAAUUGGUGGCCAAACCAUAAAGUUGGUGUUGUCAAAGAAGGGCGUAUUGUUAUGACUUCAUAUUCUCUUGAUGGGCAUAGAUUUAUGGUGCUCUUCCUCUCCGAGUUGUUUUGCAGGGUAAACUUGAUCGUGUGUACAGUAACAUACUUUUGUAAAUAAAUGAACUGACCAUUUCGUGUGUCAGUGAAAACCCUCAUGUCUUAGUGUUGUUUUGGACCCAGACGGCAACAACAUUGACCCUUGUUUAUGUGUAACGUGCGAGUGAAAAACUGGAUUUGGUGUUCAGAGUGUUAACAGAUUUUAUAGUUACAAUUUAUGACGGCAGAACGUUGGCAUGAAAAUAUUGCCACUCCAGAGGACACAUUCAUUCCUGCACCUUGUAGUGUUGUUCUACUAGGUGAACAUAGACUAUAUUUUAUGAAGAGUGGUUUAUUGUAUAUAUUUACAUUGUCAAGCACUCUUCUUAGAGUGGCUCAUUUCAUUGUCUGGAGUACGAUGCUGUUCAGUGUGCUGUUAAUUUUGACUGAAAACAUUUCAUCACGGAAACAAUAUAAGCUGUAAGUUUGAAACAUGUAUGUGAACAGUCACAAUUUGCAUGCAGCUAUUCCCUUUAGAUAAAUAAUCAUUACAAGUGCCUUGAUUGACAGAAUGUGGAAUAGCAUUUGGCAAGCUUUAAUAAAAGUAGCACCAUUUUAAAUUCAGAACUUGAGCUUCUGAAGAAAUUGCAAAUAUUUUUUUUAACAAUGUUAUUAUACGGGUGCAGUUCGCAUGGACUGCAAAGCAGUAAAUAAGAAUGCAGUAGUUUUUACUAGCGUGCUAGAUCCUGAUUUUUGCUGCUGCUAUAAAGAAUUUCUCCACGAUGUAGUUUAUAUUUAUUAAACAUUGCUGACAGGUAAGAGCUAAUAAUCUUAUGGAAAUGAGAUAAUUCAAGACUAUACUGUCUAGCAUUUUAUGAAGAAAAAUUAAACAUGCUGUCAGUAAGCGUUACCUUGUCAGUAUGUUUCCAGAUAAAACCUCACAAACUGUGACUGGUUCCAAGGCUACAUAUGUACAUGUAUAUGUGCAGAAUUCUAUCUUUAUUUGGAAUAAAUAGAAGUAAACGUCGUAAGAGAAACUUAAAUUGUGAUAAAGAUGCAUGUAACAUUAAGACAGAGGAGUUACACAAGAGAAUCGUGCAUUCCACUGAGAUGUGAAUAAAAAUGAGAGGGCAUCAUCAUAAAAAAAUCAGUGCAACUUGUGUGCCUUCCCUGUUAAAACUGUCACUUAUCUGCACUGUGUUAGUUGUUGGAUAUUUCCUUAUGAACUCAUAGCAAGUGAGAUAAGAGAAUUGUAUAAAAUGAAGUUAUUCAGAUCAUACCUUGCAUUUAUAUGAUCUUACUACUUUGUUAAUUUCUUUGCCGUGUGAAACUUGUAGCUCUAUUUAUUACAGUGUAAUUAUUGUAAAUAUUAACUUAGUAAGAGGAAAAAUUACAGUGAAAUUUUUCUUGUUCAAAUUGUACAGUACAUUUUCCACCUUGUCAUUAUUGUGAAAUUUUUGUAUUUGUGAUAUUUGUGAUGAAUCAAAAAUUAUCUUUGUAUUAAUGUUUCGUAUCGGACAACUGUUGAAAUGUAUAGUAAUUUUGUCAUACACGGACAGAUCACGAAUUUUAUCAUUUUUAAUAUGGCUGCAUUUGGCAGCCAAAAACUAGAGAGUUUUAAUUACCUCCUUAUUUUCAUUACUUUUGUGUAAAUAUAUUGUGAAUACAUUUGAAAUGUUGUGAAAAACUCCAUUUCGGCAUUCUGCACCUGUGAUACAGGUGUUAGAAGAUAAAAUAUUUUUUAAACACAGUUGUAGUUUAUUACCUAAAUGAAAAAAAACUUGGUAUCUUACACUUUGUUUUCAGAGUAAUAUAUGAAACUUUUGCCAGGCGUCAGAAAAAAUGACAAGUGGAAGAAUUUUUUUGGUAUGUAGCUGCCUCAGUUGAUUUACAGUGCCUCCAUAUGUUAAUCUGCACAAACUGUUUGCUUUUGUUCUCCCUGCCCUCCAUUACAGUCAACCUAUCUCCCUCCUUUUUGUGAUGAACAUAUUACUGACAUUACAGGUAAGAGGUAUACAUUCACUUUAUUAGGACUGAAUGAUAAACAAAAUGAAUUUCAUAGUGCAGCAUGACAGUAUUGCAAUUAAUUUUGAAUGGAAAAUAAUUACAAUAGGAUACCUGUUUGGAUCACAUUUCACAUAUUUUAUUUUUGUACCUAAUAGUUGAUUUAUUAUUUUUCAGAUUGAUGACAGGGUUAAAAUAACUCAUAAAAUGUGGUAAAAGAUUCUAAAAACUGUGGACACUGAUAAUUUUCUGUAGAAUUGUUACUUGUGAGUAGGAUUUCUUUUACAACCAUAAAAUUAUGUAAUACCACUUGCUUUUCACUGUGCACAAUAAUAUGAAAUCCAUUUGUUUUGCGAUGGUCUGGUGUGAUUUAUAAUUUCUGUAAAAUAUUCAGUAAACAUCUCCUGUGUUUCCAAAAUUAAUCUUCCAGUCUGCACCAGAGCGUGAGAUUUGUGAAACUUCCUGUUACAUACAACUGCAUGUCAAACAGAAACUAGAUUGCAGACCCCUGGCUUUUGUGGAUAAUGCUCUUACCAAUCAUUUUAUUCAGGCAGAACUCACUGCCUUUUUAUUUAGGCUCAAUUUAGUCAGCACUUCUUGUAUACUUUCCAAGCUUCGAAGAAGUUCUGCUUACUUUGCCCAUAAUAAACAAAGAGCUGGGUUUGAGUCAGGAAGAUUCUCAACUCCUUUAUUGCGUAUAAAAAAUUGAAGAGAAUUAAAAAACUGUGUAACACGUAUAUGACUGGACUAAUGAUUUUUGAAUUCUGAAAUUCCACAUCCACCUUGAAUGUCUGCCCUGUUGUGUAAAUUGAAGACUUUUAUGGCAAGAAGCUUUUGUUGUUAUAAUUGCAGCUUAGCCCCUUGGUUUAUUUUGAUUGUGUGCUGCUGAUGUGGCAUAGUCUUAAGGUUAGCCUUUUGACCCUUUUCCACAUUAAUAAUGCAUGGUAUUCUGUAAUUAAUAUGUGUGCAAUCAUAUAUUACCAGGAAAAUGUUAUAUCUUAGUACUAUGUUUUUUGGUUAUUGAUUGAUUGCCUUAAUGACAGUGAGAUAGUACAAAAUGUAGAUAAAUGUUAA